AUGGAAUUUCUUCUUCAAUUUAUGGCUAAUAGAAACAUAACAGGAAACGUUGACAUUUCGCAGGAUGAGAGAAGCAAUACUAUUGAAGAUAACUUGGUUUCGCCUGCAUCGCAAGAUAUUACUGAAGGAUCGAACGGAAACACACAAGAUGACGAAGUGGACCAGGCGGAAGAACUACAAUACAUUCAACGUUCUAGAGGCAAUACAGUCGCUACUCCUGAUACUCCAAAUAUAGGUGCCAAAAAACGAAAAAUUUAUAUUACGAGUACGUUACAGAACACCUUGGAAAAGCAUACAAUACGAAGCAAAGAAAGAGACGAAGAACGAAAACAACACGAUAAUCUCACACCAAUAUGUCCUGUUGAUGCCAUUGAAGACUCCACGAACGCAAAUGGUAUUUUAGUGUGUACGUUUGAGGAGAAUAAGUGCAUACAUAAUAUUGUUACAACUGAAACCGCAAUUCUUCCGAACAAUAAUGACCAGUGUCUAAUCUCUGAUCCUAAUGACGGGGAAUCUAUACAAGUUAAGCCUGAAAGUGGUGUAUUUAGGCCUAAUAAUUCUCGAAAUGACAGAUUCUCAAAUAUAGUAGAUGAUAUUGAAGACUUCAUAUCCGAUGAGAGUAAUCAGGGUUUAGUUCCUUAUGGCUUUAACAGCGAUUCUGAGACUUUACCAAUUAAAUCUAAAAAGCGAAAUAAAAGGGUGCAGGACAAAAAAUCUACUUGAUUUUUAAAUGUACCAAUGGCGCAAGACAUUCAAAUAGUUCCAUCUAGUUCUUCAUCUUCUGUAAGCAGCGUAUCAUCCUCUGAAGAUUGUGAUGACCUUAUUAAUGAUACGAUGUACUUACCUAAAAAUGAUGAAGAAAGUGACAGUGAAAAGGAAAAUGUUGCUGAUGUUACUCAACAAAAUACUGUAGGUGCCCUUUCUCGCACAGACAACAGUACUCUGCAUUUAAAUAAUACAUCCACAUCUGCUCAAAAUAUACAAAUUUUAGUGAAUCCCGCCAAAAAAAGGCAUUAA